GUACCCGUGCACGGACCACCCCAUGCGUCAAGCGCGCGUCUAAGGCUAACUGGAAGCGGCCAUGACGGAGCUGGCCUCAACAGCUCCCCGGCUCUCUCUUCCAGCUACAUCUUCUCUCCGACUACCGUCCUGCAUCGACUCUGAUUUAUUCCCUCUCCCCCGCCCUAGAAAAGCCAUUAUCGUAUCUGUUAUUGGAAUAGGCCCUCUAUUUGACACGUCGUCACGCCCUCCUGACACACGACCCCCGAGUCUUGCUAUACCGCAUCACCGAAGCCAGUUUCCCUGGCCUCACUUCCCCCCUCAGACCCGUCGUUCAUGGAUGAAACCAUCAAUUGAUCAUGUCAUCCUCCGGGCUUGAUAUCUCGGAGCUUUCCGACAGCGAGAGGUCGACCCUCGAAACCUACAUUGCCGUCACGGGUCAGGAGCACUCAGAGGCCAUUCCUUUAUUGCGCCGCUCACAAUGGAACGUGCAGGCCCACCGGGACCUCAAAUUUCUCCUGGUCGUGCUUCUGGCCCCGAGCAUGAUGAUACAAGCGGUUGGGUUCGAGACACUCUCCUUUCCCGCGAAGUGACCGACUUUGUCAAUGACCAACAGAACGAUAUCCUUGUCUGGGGAGGAAAUGUUCAAGACUCCGAGGCCUAUCAGGUCGCCAACUCCCUCCGGUGCACCAAGUUCCCCUUUGCAGCUGCUAUAGUCCACACUCCCAAUGUUUCUUCGACAGCGAUGUCAGUUGUGUCGAGGAUGUCUGGAACGACGUCCCCGGUAGAUUUUGUGGAGAAACUCCGGUCGGCUAUUGCGCAGCACAAAGAACCUCUCGAGCGCAUCCAGGCUACACGGGCAGAGCAACAGGCAUCGCGUAGUCUUCGAGAGCAGCAGGACUCCGCCUACGAGCGUUCGCUGGCUAUCGACCGGGAGCGGGCGAGACAGAGGCGGGAAGAGGAGGCGGCCCGUCAAAGAGAAGAACAAGAGGCAGCCGAACGCCGAGCGGCUGAGGAGAAGCGGAUACAUGACCUUGCGCAAUGGAAACAGUGGCGGGCACGAUCCAUCGCGGAUGAGCCCGGACCGGAUGUUAAGGAUGCUGUUCGUAUUAGUAUUCGACUGCCUUCCGGUGAGCGCGUGAUCCGCAAGUUUGCUCCUGAGGCUCCUCUCGACGAACUCUACGCGUUCGUCGAGUGUUACGAUAUAUUGAACGAGCCGGCGGAAGAAGCCGGCGAAGUGGUGAAACCAGAGGGGUUCGAACACCAGUAUGGGUUCCGACUGGUUUCGCCUAUGCCGCGGGUUGUCUACGAAGUGGACGCUGGAGGAUCCGUGCGGGACAAGAUCGGCCGAGGAGGGAAUCUCUUGGUCGAACCCAUUGAUGACGAAAGCGACGAGGAGGAUGAGGAAUAAGCGCUGAAUGGAUGUAUUUGUAUCUUUGCAUUAUGGAGUAUGGCACGGAAUGGAGCUGGUCGGAAUGAUUCGCAAGAUUCUCAGGGUGUACCAUGUACGGAGUAAUAAUAAAGCUUACGAUAAUGACACCGAUGACCGUGGAGAAGAGCCCUGUGCACAGGAAGCCAGCGAAGAUCACCGAAAAUGGCCAAUUCGAGCC